CUACAAGUUCUUACUCAAAGCAUCAUCCAUCUCCAGAAUUUCCAACAGAACAACAACCAUGAUUCGAAGGACUGCAUGCUUGAGUAAGCUGGUUCAAUCUGUUCGAGUUGGCUCUUCGUCAUCUUUGCCAACCAAGCAGCUUAGAGAUCACCGCUGCUUUGGAUCAGGGGCUGCUUCUAACGCAGAACAAGCGUGUGAAGCAUCUGUGAGCAGUAAAUUUGGUAAGAAUGAGUAUGCUGAUGUGGAUUGGGAUAAUCUUGGAUUUGGUCUAGUGCCAACUGAUUACAUGUACAUGAUGAAAUGUUCCAACAACGGGAUAUUCGAACAAGGCCAACUUAAUCGUUAUGGAAAUAUUGAACUAAGCCCUGCUGCUGGAGUUUUGAAUUAUGGCCAGGGUAUAUAUGAAGGGAUGAAAGCAUUCAGGAAAGAAGAUGGCAAUCUCCUUAUCUUUCGUCCAGACCAGAAUGCAAUGCGAAUGAAGAUUGGUUCAGAAAGAAUGUGCAUGCCCUCACCAUCCCUUGAUCAAUUUAUCGAUGCUGUGAAGCAAACUGCUCAAGCUAACAAGUGUUGGGUUCCCCCUCCAGGAAAAGGGUCUUUAUAUAUUAGGCCUCUACUUAUAGGAAGUGGUCCUAUAUUAGGUUUAAGCACAUCGCCUGAAUACACAUUCCUUGUAUACGCUUCACCAGUCCGCAACUAUUUCAAGGAGGGUUCUGCACCUUUGAGCAUAUAUGUCGAGGAGGAAUAUGAUCGUUCCUCUCGUGGUGGGGCUGGAGGUGUCAAAAGCAUCACCAAUUAUGCUCCAGUUUUGAAGGCACUACUCAGAGCAAGGAGCCGAGGAUUUUCUGAUGUGUUAUAUCUAGACUCGGUAAAUAAAAAGAAUCUGGAGGAGGUCUCUUCUUGUAACAUUUUCAUUGUGAAGGGCAAUGUUAUUUCAACUCCUGCAACGGCUGGGACUAUACUAUCAGGGGUAACUCGAAGAAGCAUCAUUGAAAUCGCUCGCGAUCAUGGUUAUCAGGUUGAGGAGCGUGCAAUUCCGGUAGAUGAACUGAGUGAAGCUGAUGAAGUAUUCUGUACAGGAACUGCAGUCGGUGUUGCUCCUGUGGGAAGCAUUACAUAUAAAGAUAAAAGGAUGGAAUACAAAACAGGUGCUCAAACUGUUUGUCCACAGCUCUACUCAACUCUCAUAGGAAUUCAAACGGGUCGUAUUGAGGAUAAGAAAGGCUGGAUUCUUGAAAUUGAUUAAUCUUCAUUUCAAAGUAGAGUGGAAUAAGAUGUACACUAUGUUUAGAACCACGGUUGUUGCCCAUCAUUUUCUUAAGCUUUUCCAUUUUAUCAUUUCAUAGUCUAAUUUUGAGUAAUGGUUUAAGCGAAGUGACUUAUGAAUCAGAAUUGGAUGCAAAUAUUAAAAACUUACCUGUCGUUUUUAUUUA